CCUUAUAAUUAGAAAAAGAUAAGAUACCUACCAAAACUAUACUUUCUCUUACCAAGCACAGUUGACUUAUAUAUCACUAAAUCUCAUCAGAUCUGUUAUUGCAACCAAUUCCUUUGUGUUUCUACUCUGAUCACUUGUUCUUGAGAUCAUGGCUUUAGCAGUGGUUGGUGGUGCCUUCCUCUCUGCUUUCAUUAACGUUCUCUUUGACAAGCUAGCUUCCCCAGAAGUUGUCAACUUCAUCCGCGGAAAGAAUCCUGGCAAGUUGCUUCAAGCGGUUAACAACAAGCUGUUACUUGUUAGCCAUGUGUUUGAGGAUGCCGAGAAGAGACAGAUCACAGACCCCAAUGUCAAAAAGUGGCUCAAUGUUCUCAAAGAUCUUGUCUAUGAGGUUGACGACUUACUCGAUGAAGUUUCUACUAAAGCUGCAACUCAAAAGAAGGUAAACAAACACUUCUCUCCCUUUAUCAAUAGAAAGAAGAUAGUUAGUACCAGUAAGUUGGAGGACAUAGUUGAAAGACUAGAUGAUCUUUUAAAACAAAAGCUGAGUCUUGAUUUGAAAGAGAUUCCAGUGGAGAUCGAGCAAUGGAAAGCUCAGCCAACAUCUCUCGAAGAUGGAUAUGGUAUAUAUGGUAGGGAGAAAGACAAGGAAGCCAUAAUCAAGUUGUUGUUAGAGGAUAACGUUCAUGAUGAACACGUGUCUGUGAUUCCUAUUGUAGGCAUGGGUGGAGUUGGGAAAACCACUUUAGCCCGAUCUGUGUACAAUGAUGGUAAUUUGAAUAAGGAAUUUGAUUUACAUGCAUGGGUCUGUGUGUCUGACAAAUUUGAUAUUGUUAAGGUCACAAAAACUUUGAUAGAACAGGUUACCCAUGAAUCUUGUAGAUUGAAUGAUCUAGAUUCACUUCAGCUUGAGUUGAUGGACAAGUUGAAAGAUAAAAAAUUCUUAAUUGUCUUGGAUGAUGUUUGGAUCAAGUCUAAUGAUAAUUGGAGAAGUCUUAAAAAACCAUUUCUAAGUGGGAUCAAGGGAAGUAAAAUUCUCAUGACAACUCGCAACAAAAAUGUUGUGGAAAAAACCUCUUUUCAUAUUGUUGGAGUUUAUCCUCUGGACAAAUUGUCAAAUGAAAAUUGUUGGUUAGUAUUUGCGAACCAUGCAUUUCCUCCCUCCGAAUCCAAUGAGAAUAGAAGUGCUCUAGAAAAAAUUGGAAGGGAGAUCGUUAAAAAGUGUGAUGGAUUGCCUUUAGCAGCACAGUCGCUUGGAGGUAUGUUGAGAAGAAAGCAUGCUAUUAGGGAUUGGAAUAAUAUACUUCAUAGUGACAUUUGGAAACUUCCUGAAAAUCAUUGUGAAAUUAUUCCAGCAUUGAGGAUUAGUUAUCAUUAUCUCCCUUCACAUUUAAAACGGUGUUUUGUGUAUUGUUCAUUGUAUCCUAAGGAUUAUAUAUUUAAGAAAAAUGAAUUAAUCUUGUUGUGGAUGGCUGAAGAUCUUCUAAAAGCACCAGAAAAUGGAAAGACGUUAGAAGAAGUUGGUUCCGAGUAUUUUGAUGAUUUGGUUUCGACAUCCUUUUUUCAACAUUAUAGUUCGUACAAUACUUUUGUGAUGCAUGAUCUUAUGCAUGAUCUAACAAUAUCACUUGGUGGAGAAUUCUACUCGAGAUCAGAAGAACUAGGAAAGGAAACCAAGAUCGAUGUCAAGACUCGUCAUCUAUCCUUUACCAAAUUUAGUGAUCCAGUUACGGAACACUUUCAAGCAUUUGGUAGCGUAAAAUUUUUGAGAACUUUCUUGCCAGUUUAUCUUGAAGAUUCUCCCUUCAACAAUGAAAAGGCAACAUAUAUUAUAUCAUCAAAGCUUCCAUACUUGAGAGUUUUAUCAUUUCGUGGCUUUGAUAGUUUGCAUGUUUUGCCUAACUCAAUAGGUGAAUUGAUCCAUUUGCGUUAUUUGAAUCUUUCAGAGACAAGAAUACAAACACUACCCGAAUCAGUGUGUAAUUUGUUCAAUCUACAAACAUUGAAGUUGAAUUGUUGCUUCCAGCUCACUAAAUUGCCUAGUGACAUGCAAAAUCUGGUAAACCUCCGCCAUCUUGAUAUUCGAGGAACUCAUAUAGAAGAGAUGCCUAGAGGAAUAGGAAAAUUAAACCAUUUACAACAAUUACAUUUCUUUCCUGUGGGCAAGCAUAAGGAGAAUAGCAUCAAAGAAUUGGGAGGACUUUCGAAUCUUCACGGCUGGCUUCUUAUUAAGAAUUUGGAGAAUGUUACCAACUGUAAUGAAGCAUUGGGGGCUAAGAUAGCAGAUAAGAAGCAAAUUGAUAGUUUAAAAUUGGAAUGGUCUUCUAGUAACAAUGGUGUUGACUUCCAAAUUGAAUUAGACGUGCUCUGCAAGUUACAACCUCAUGAAGACCUGAAAUGGCUAUCAAUAAGAUGUUAUAAAGGAAACAAAUUUCCAGACUGGGUGGGAAAUUUUUCCUACCACAAGUUGACAUUUUUAAUGUUAAUUGAUUGUGACAACUGUUGUAUGCUUCCUUCACUUGGGGAAUUACCAUCUCUCGAGCAUCUCGAGAUUUCACGUAUGAAGUCAGUGAAGACUAUUGAUGCAGGUUUUUACAAGAAUAAUGAUUGUUCUCUUGCUACACCCUUUCCCUCCCUUAAAUUUCUAGUGUUUUCUUCGAUGUCUUGUUGGGAGGUAUGGAGUUCAUUUGAAUCGAACUCUUUUCCUGUGCUUCAGGAGCUUACAAUACGGUACUGCCCCAAACUAAGCGGAGAUUUGCCAAAGCACCUUCCUGCGCUAAAAACACUUGAUAUUGAUUAUUGCGAGCUUUUAGUCUCUUCUCUCCCAAGGGCUCCCUCCCUUCAUAAAUUGAGGAUAAAUAAAAGCAAUAAAGUAGCACUCAAUGUGUUUCCUCUUUUGGUGGAAUCUAUAGAAAUUGAAGGAAGCCCGAUGGUGGAGUCUAUGAUCGAGGCCAUCACUAACAUCCAACCAACUUGCAUCCAAUCUUUAACAUUAAAGAAUUGUUCGUCACCCAUAUCUUUCCCGGAUGGUUGUCUACCUGCAUCGCUGAACACUCUAGAAAUCUACGAUUUAAAAAACCUGGAAUUCCCAAUGCAACACAAACACGACUUACUAGGAUCUCUUACAAUAUCCAAUAGUUGUGAUUCACUAACGUCUCUUCCAUUGGUUUCUUUUCCGAAUCUAAAAAAUUUCAAUAUCUUAAGCUGUGAAAGUAUGGAAUCUCUUCUGGUUUCAGGGUCAGACUCAUUUAGUAGCCUGAGAUCUUUUACGAUUUGCAAUUGCCCCAACUUUGUGUCAUUCCCGAGAGAAGGACUGUCUGCACCCAAUUUGACUUGGUUCAAGGUUUCUGAUUGCAAAAAGUUGAAUUCGUUACCUGAUCAUAUGAGUACUCUUCUUCCAAAGUUAGAACGUAUUGAAAUUGACAACUGUCCAGAAAUUGAGGCAUUUCCUGCAAAGUUAGAUCCACCUAGCUUGAGAACAGUUUGGAUUAGCAACUGUGAGAAAUUACUAAGCGGCCCAGCAUGGCCAUCCAUGCACAUGCUUACAUAUCUUUCUGUCUGGGGUCCAUGUGAUGGCAUCAAGUCCUUCCCAAAUGAGGGUUUGCUGCCUCCCUCCCUUACAACUUUGCGUCUAUUUAAGUUCUCAAGUUUGGAGACGUUGGACUGCAAAGGACUUCUCCACCUCACAUCCCUACAACAAUUAGAAAUUGACCACUGUCAAAAGCUGAAGAAUAUGGCGGGAGAAAGGCUGCCUGUCUCCCUAAUAAAGUUAAGCAUAAUGAAAUGUCCUUUGCUGCAAAAACAAUGCUGCAAGAAGCACCCUCAAAUUUGGUCUAAAAUUUUCCAUAUUCGUGGCAUUAAGGUUGACCAUAGAUGGAUUUUGUGACCAAUGAUGACCACCAGUUAACAUUUUUUAGUAGUAUUAUGGUGAUUAUUGGAGCCUGAUCCUCUCCAUCAAAAUUUAACAUGUGAAGGUGUAAACAAAGAAGAAUAACUAUGAAAGUAAUGUAAUAUUUCCCUUGAAAGGAUAAUGUAAUAUUCAUAAUACAAAUCAUAAAGUUCCCUUUGAUUUUUUAUUUGCACAAACUAAAACUGAAAAAUAACUAUGAAAUUUAGAUUAUGUAAGCAAAGUUACUAAAACUUCUAGCUCACAUAUUGUUGAUAUUUCUUGUGUAUAGUUACUGAAUCGAACUGAUUCAGGAACAGAAAUUCAUGUAGUAUAUAUGUUACUGAAUCUACAGAGAAUAAGCAUGUUUUCAAAGGCAACAUGUGAGAUCGUGUAAAUUGAAUUGAGCGAAAAAUGCUACUUAAGCUCCUCUAGCUUCAAAGAAGAAAUAACGAUACAGUUAUGGACUAUUAUGCAAACAACAUCAAUAAAUACUUCAAUAUAAUGAUUCCCUAAAAAAAUGUUACUCAUCAAUGUCAUUGUAUUUCAACUUUCUUAAUGUAUCAGCACUCAUUGGUGUCUGUUUCUUCUUAUUGCAUUGUUUGUCAGUGUUGUAAUUGGGUGUACAUUGUUCGAUGUACUAUUAUUAAGUUGAUUGAGGUCAAAAUCAAAUUCAUGUCUCUGGAAACUGGUUUUUGUUUUUUAGGUCCUGUAAAUUGGUCGGGAGAAACUGCACCUGCCCAUGGACAUGUGAAUUCAACCUUGAACAAGAUCUAAAUGGAACUUUUGAUGUAAUUGUCAUUACAUUGAUGCUUUUUCAAUUGCUGAAACUUUUAUGGGAAGGCUCUUCAUUGGGUACAAUGCAGAGGAUGAUGCUUUCUCAGCUUAACUCUUAAUACCGAUCUCUCUAUAUUUGGAUCACCAAAAUGUUCACUGUUACAAUUACAUGCUAGAGAUGCUUCAUAGCAUAAGCUUUAAAGCAAAAUCCAAUCAGUAUUCAGGCCUAAGCAUACAGGCCUUAGGCCAUGACUUGACUGGUUGAGAUAGGAAACUAAAAAUUUAUUGUGUUGUGGGCAUCCCUAACACUAGUGUUCAAAAGCAGAAUGAACCGAAAGAAAAAGAAUCACCAAUUCACAAAGCUUUUGAUGCUUAUGAUCAAAGUGAAGGUGGUGAUUUCAUCAAGUUCACUGUUCAAUAUAUGGAGUGAGUUCUGGAAAGUCAUUGUGAACAGAGACUUGAUCCAGAGAUGGUUGAAGAAUUCAUUUAGACUGUUUUGAUGAUGUAUUAAGAAAAGUAAAAACCAUUGGUCAAGAAUUUCAAAACAAAGAACAAAUUAAGUUUUCAUGUUUUACUUUGUUGUUGUAUUUCAAGGCACAUAAUCAGAGGUCAAGUAUCCAAAUUUCCUCCAUACUAGUGUGGAGGUAUGUAUCUUUAUCAUUGUCUUCAAUUUUAUCAUCUCAUUCAAAAGUUUACAAGGAAGAUUGAUUCGAGAUUUGUUGUCUAUAUAAUAUCCAUUAAAGUGUA